GCCUUCCCUCCCGCUUAUUCGUCUCCUCCUACCCGCAAUAGGCUAGUCCUUGGCAGCUGGUGGUGUGGACCCCGCGGCCAGUAUUGUUGAUUGGCUUAGUAGGGAUAGAGAAGGCGGUGGUUCGCAGUCCGUGAGGCGCGCCAUUUUACUAGCUCACUGUAACAGCGGGCGUGAGGCAAGAGGGCCAUAGCUCUGCAGUCAUGAAAAACUACAGACAAAGGGAGAAGCAGGGGAAUAAAGCACAGGAGAGUGCCAAGGCCCCAGAUGAAGCAAAGAUUAAGGCAUUAUUAGAAAGAACAGGAUACACUCUAGAUGUUACAACAGGACAGAGAAAGUAUGGUGGUCCUCCUCCAGAAUCUGUGUCUUCGGGUGCACAGCCUGGGAUUGGGACAGAGGUCAGUGUCCAGGUUUUUGUUGGCAAAAUACCAAGAGACUUGUUUGAAGAUGAGCUUGUGCCCCUUUUUGAGAAAGCAGGACCCAUCUGGGAUCUUCGACUUAUGAUGGAUCCUCUUUCUGGUCAGAACCGAGGCUAUGCCUUCAUAACUUUUUGUAAUAAAGAAGCUGCACAGGAGGCUGUUAAAUUGUGUGACAACUAUGAAAUUCGUCCGGGUAAACACAUCGGUGUUUGCAUUUCGGUGGCUAACAACAGACUGUUUGUUGGGUCCAUCCCAAAAAACAAAACUAAAGAGAACAUUUUGGAAGAGUUUAGCAAAGUUACAGAGGGCUUGGUGGAUGUGAUCCUCUACCAUCAACCAGACGAUAAAAAGAAAAAUCGUGGCUUUUGCUUUCUGGAAUAUGAAGAUCACAAAACUGCAGCUCAGGCUCGACGCCGGUUGAUGAGUGGCAAAGUGAAGGUGUGGGGCAAUGUUGUGACAGUGGAGUGGGCAGAUCCUGUUGAGGAACCUGAUCCAGAAAUAAUGGCAAAGGUCAAAGUCCUAUUUGUAAGAAAUCUUUCCUCCACUGUGACUGAAGAGAUCCUGGAAAAAGCUUUCUCUGUCUUUGGAAAGCUUGAGCGUGUGAAAAAGCUGAAGGAUUAUGCCUUUGUACACUUUGAUGAAAGAGAUGCUGCAGUAAGGGCCAUGGAUGAAAUGAAUGGAACAGAACUGGAGGGGGAAGAGAUUGAAAUAGUUCUUGCUAAGCCACCUGAUAAAAAAAGGAAGGAACGACAAGCAGCACGUCAGGCUUCCCGGGGAAGUUCGUAUGACGAUUAUUACUAUUACCCUCCACCUCGAAUGCCACCUCCUGGUAGGGGCAGGGGCCGUGGAGGCAGAGGGGGCUAUUCCUUUCCCCAAGAUUACUAUGGCUAUGAAGAUUACUAUGAUGAUUACUAUGCAUACGACUAUCAUGACUACCGUGGGGGUUAUGAUGAUCCAUACUAUGGCUAUGACGAUGGCUACCCUGUGCGAGGAAGAGGAGGCAGAGGUGGGAGGGGUGGACCACCGCCCCCCAGAGGUAGAUCUGUUCCUCCCCAGCGUGGAGGGCGCUCCAGCUAUGCCCCUAGAGGUUCUCCAAUGGGCCCUCCUCGCGGAUCCCGUGGUGGACGUGGAGGACCCGCUCAGCAACAGCCACGAGGGCGAAACUCAAGGGGCAGCCGUGGCAGCAGAGGUGGGAACGUUGGUGGUAAAAGAAAGGCAGAUGGUUAUACCCAGCCAGACUCAAAGCGCCGCCAGACCAACAACCAACAGAACUGGGGGACCCAGCCUAUCGCCCAGCAGCCAUUGCAGCAAGGUGGUGAUUAUACUGGUAACUAUGGUUACAGUAAUGACAACCAGGAGUUUUAUCAGGAUACUUAUGGGCAGCAGUGGAAAUAGGCAAGGUCAUAUUCUUCAGACAAAACACACAUACACCCACUCUUAAAUAUAUAUUUCAUAUAUAUAUAUUUGUGCUUUGGGAACUCUGCCUCUAAUUUUAUUGGCAGUGUUUCAUCAUUAAGCUGUAUAUACCUUAGUUUUUGCUUUAUUGCUCUGUUACAGUUGGUAUUCAAAUGGAAUGCACUGGUAGAGUUAUGGUAUUUUAAGUAUUGCUGAACCUUGUGUUCUGGAUAUGGGGAUUUGGAGAGUAUUAUGGGCAUAAGUCAGCAGUUAACUAGAGCAUGUAUCCUGUAUUUGGGCUUUUCUUUCCCAUUCCACCCCUGUGCAGAAAGUUUUUGUCUGCUUAUAUUUAGAGAAGUAACUUUGUGGCAUUGUCUUCUAUACAUGGACUGCAAUGUUUUUUGUGCUAUUAAGUCAUUUUGUUUAAAAUAAUUGGUUACAACCCCUCCCCAGUUCAAGAAUACUAAGGAUUACCAGUGUUUUUAGUGGUUUUUAAACUUUUUUUUUUAUUAUUAUGUGAGGGGUUUUAAUGCUGUUGGACAAUGUUCAAUCAUGAUUUUGACAGGAUGCAGUAUUGACAAUUUCCCCUUGGAUUUGGAGUAUCUUCUACAGGAUUAAGCUGUAUAUAACACUAGUGCUGUCUUAAGUAAAAAAAAAAAAAAAAAAAAAUUAAAAAAAUAUUUUAAAGAUUCAUGUAUUAAAUGACUGUGCAUUUUGGAUUCCUAGAACUAGGUGAAGUUGUGUUUAUUUAAUUUUUUUUUAUGAAGGCAAAAAAUAUGCCUAACAAGUUUGGCUUGGGUAACAAAAGCCUUGACCGUUUGUUCUGUGACUGUAUUUACAAAUUUAUUGUUCAUGUACAAUUUCAAUAAAACUCCACAAAAUCCUAUUGCAAAAAAAUUCUAAAUAUACAUAUAUAUGAAGUUAAAAGAAUCAUUAAAAAACAAAAAAAACAAAAAUGCAAAAACUGAGUUGUGAUUCUUGCAACAAAAACUUCCAAAAGACUGAACUGCAUAUGUGAGUGAUCAAAUCUGUAAACUACAAACUUAAUCCAUGAUAUAAAGCUAUGAAAGUGGGUUUUAAAUUAAUAAUUUGUAAAAUCAAUUAAAUACACUUGGUUGCCAAAUUAUCUUGAUCUUGAUGUGCAUUUUCUUAGGUGGUUUGAAGGCAAAAGAUGAAAUUGUAUACAUUUUAUAUACAUAUAUGCAUAUGACCUCAAUCUACAUAUUGAUUGAGAAUGGGCUUUUCCAGUAAUUUAUGUUUGAUUAAUCUGAUAAUUUUUCUGUUUUGAAUUUUCCCUGUGCACACCCACAAAACAAAUAAUGGUUUUAAUGGUCUAGAAGACCAGACUACACUAUAUACAGACUUUAGAAGACAAAAAUUCUACAUUUCUUGAUAAUUUCUGUUAAAAACAAACUGGCUCAUAAAACCCUCUUAAGGUUUGUAUACUAGUAUCCACUAAAAAACCAAAAUAUGGUUACUUUUGCUGUCAAUAUGCAUCAGCGAGGCUGGUAGAGCAGUUAUUGUAAGGUAUCAAGGUGUGGCUUACAGAAUAUAGAUGAUCUCUCCACACUUACAUCCAGUAACACAUUAGACUGCCUGUUUCCAACAGUGCUCAGCUACCUUCAAUAGUAGUAGUUUUUAGGGUACAUAUAAUCGUACUCUCUGCUACAAAAUUCUAACACCUAUAAGUAAAGUUGUUUUUCUUUCCAGCAUUUUUAUGGAAAGAUUGCUUUCCCCCCUUUUGUUUGGUUCUAACGUCUUUUUUUCUUUGGAUAUUUUAUUUGCCACCCUAUCUUCAUAGCAUUGCCUUGUUUGUUAUAUAAUGAUCACAUACUAAGAUUUUGGCAGAUGACCAUUUUCUUAGCUAUU